AUGGAUCCGAUGACAAUCCUCGCGGGCGGACGUCACCAAGAGAAGUCGGGAGCUUCAUCAGAAUCGGAUGUCCUUAAUGCGACGCAGAAUAUACCAGGAAAACCGCCCAAGACGGACACCUUGCUCAUGACAAUGCGCGCUCCCACAGUGGCUCAUUCUACCUCGUCUCAAGUGACAGAGGAACCGGAAACCUUUCCACGAUCUCACCUGCGGACUUUACUGCUCAAGUACCACACACUUGACGCUAUAUUGCAAAUGAAACCCCAUGUCAUAAACAGGUGCAUGGAUCUCAUCCACACCGAGCCACCGACGGGACCAAUGGCCAACAAAUAG